UAUUUUUUGGCCUAAAACAGUGAUUUAAGUUGGUAAAACUUGGAAAUAUAAAUUAUUGACAUUUAGGGCAAUAAUGUAAGUUAGCACAACAAAGGAAGCCAGUUGUCUGCUCAAAAACAAGUUGGAAAAGUUGCUCAAUGUUAAUGUUUGACAAGUAGGAAGAAGUGCCUUGGCUGCCAUAUCUCUCAGUGUUAGACAACACAGCCGCAGUCUUUCAGUUCUCCUUCUACACAAGAGUUUGUUUGCUGCUUUGUGAAGGAAUUACAUAUUCAAAUCGGAAGGAGAAAGACAGAAAGACACCAUGGAGGUGCUGGUGCUGGUCGACUUCGAGGGCACCAUGGGAGACGAGAUCACAGUGAGGAUGGGGGAUGUGGUCAAAAACGUGUCCAAGUUCAGCGAGGAGGGCUGGCUGGAGGGGGAGCUGAGAGGGAAGAGAGGCAUCUUCCCUGCUAACUUCGUCAAGGAGGUGCCGGUUUAUUUGACAGGCAACAGCAAGAGGGAACCACGAAGCAUUAGAAAAACCAAGAGGAUGAAGCAGACGAGGAAAUGCGAGGUGUCGUUCGCCUACAACCCUCUGAAUGAAGAUGAGCUGGAGCUGGCUGUCGGGGAGAUUAUUGAGAUCAUCAGAGAGAUUGAAGAUGGAUGGUGGAUGGGGGUGAAAAAUGGCAAAGUGGGAGCAUUUCCAUCUAAUUUUGUCAAGGAAAUCUUUGUUGCACCUAAAGAAGGCAAGCACAAUGAGGGCAAGACGAGACCCAAGCUCACUGACGCAGUGUUCAGCAAGGAGCAAAGGGCAAGUGUGAGGCACAAAGGGAAAAACGUGGUGGAGUGUUGCCAAGCCAUGUUUGACUACAAGGCCAAAACGGAAGACGAGCUGGAUCUGAAAAAGGGAGAUGUUGUUGCGAUAGUGAGCAAGGAAACAGAAGAUGAAGGCUGGUGGGAGGGAGAGCUAAACGGACGAUGUGGCUUCUUUCCUGAUAACUUUGUCAUGCUGAUUCCACUAGUGAACAGCCUGCAAUCUGGGGCCGCGAACCAACCGCCUGCACGCACCAUCGACAAGAAACUCUCAGUCAAGACAGAGGCGUCAGCGAUGGAGAAAGGUGGUCCAGCAAAGAUAAAAGAUGAAAAACCAGACGUGAAGGACUUGAGAAGCAAUCCUCCGACCAAAGUCAAGCUGCCAUCCAUCAACAAGCCCAGCCCGCCUCCAGUCAAAGACAAACCCAACAAGGUUUUACCCAAUAGAACCAAUGGCGAUGUGGCUGCCGUUUCAACAAAACAACCGGAGGAGAAGGAGACGGACCAGUUUGACGGACUGGAUGUGCAGACUGAAAAGCUGUGCCAUCCUACAGCAAACAGAGCCAAACCCCCGCAGAGGAGACCCCCAUCAGGCCUGGCUACAGCAGCACAAGGUGCCAGUGAACAAACAGAGCCAGAACUAUCGCCGAAGAAGUUCCAGACAGGACUGCAGAAGGGUGCAGAAAAUUUCCUGACAUCGCCUGCAAAGCCCGAUCAGCCACCCAGGACGCCCCCCCCAGUCCGACCAGCACCACCCAGAGUAGUGGUGGACGGCAGAACUGUGACCCAUAAAGACCAACCCACUGUGGAGAGCCUGCAUGCUGAGAUCAGAGAGCUGAGGAUGGCUGUGGAGCUGCUGCAGACACAGCACGACCGAGACAUGCAGGAAGUGAAAGAAGAACUGAAGGAGGAGAGAAACAAACGAGUGGCACUGCAGGAGGAAAUACACAGUUUGAGGAUGAAGCAUUAAUCCCAACACAGACUGAGACCGGAAAUUUAAAUAAGAUGAACAAUUUUGUGACAUGGAAAGGAGACGGAGAAGACGAACGAACUCUCCUUCUGCAGAAGUAAAGUUGGACAAAGGAUCAAACUCCUGCACUGGACCUGAGAAAGACUUUUAUUGAUUACAUUUUUUUGACAUAUUUGAAUGCUGGAAAUCACAAAUGUUGGCUCUUGGUGACUUGGUUGCAAAUUAAUGUUUUACAAUGUUCUGUUUCAUCUGUCGCCUUUAUUCCUUUUAUCAUAGGUUUUACUUUACUUUUAACAUUUACACAAAGAAUUUGUAAUAUAUGCAGCUGUACAUAGGAGGAAAUAUUGUGAUGUCUUUUGCAAAGACCUGAAAUAUACUUUGGAGUCAAUUAAAGGUGCAUUGUUAC